UUGCUGCUGUUCUGCAUUGAAUCCCAUUGAUGGUGAUUGCUGUCAGUGUUUGAAAGCCAUACCGGUUUUCUCAGGUGCAGUUAUCGCGAUGGCACAAAUGAACAUGACAUGCAGAGAACACUAUGCUCUUACUGAAGAGAAUGUCCAACCAGAUAGAGAACAAUUGCAUGAUGAAACUAAUAAUGCAAACUGUAUUCUGGAAAAUGGGGAACCAUUAUUAGAAAUCCUUACCACUCUUCAGAUUGACUCAGAUGGUGACUGCUCUUCUUCAUCCACAAAGGAAAAUGGCAUCUGGUGCUCAAAAAAUGCUUUAAGAAAAAAAAGACAUUGGGAGAAAAUAGUUGCAGCAAAAAAGAGCAAGAGGAAGUUGGAGAAGGAGAAAAAAAAAGCUAAACAAGCUGAAAAUUCAAAUGCAGGAACCAAUCCUCAGCAGCACAGCAAACGGUUUUUGAAAGCCAUAACUAAGGAACGUGUCUUGGGAGCCAAGGAUUCAGGUCCAAGACUUUGUGUGGACUUGAGCAUGACCAUGCACAUGAGCAGAAAGGAAAUAAGUCGACUUGCAGCUCAAAUUAGAAGGCUCUACGGGUCAAACAAGAAAGCUGCAAAACCAUUUUGGCUUUACCUGACAGGUUUUGUAGAACACAGUCUUUUAUAUGAUGAAUGUGUGCGAAUGAAUGACGGCUUUAUCAAUUACCUUAUUAAUAAAACAGAAAAUUGUUUUCUUGACGUAUUCCCAUUAGAGAAAAUAAUCUACCUCACGCCAGAUUCAGACAAUGCUCUUAAAGAUAUUGACCCUCAGAAGGUUUAUGUGCUUGGUGGAUUGGUGGAUGAAAGUAUACAGAAGAAAUUGACAUAUCAUAAAGCUAGAGAAAAUGGCUUGCAGACUGCCCGACUGCCAAUACCAGAAUAUAUGGUUAAGAACGUUAAUCUGAAAAACUUCCAUUCUGAGAUACUAGCAAUCAAUCAAGUAUUUGAUGUGUUGGCCACAUAUCUAGAGACCCAAAGCUGGCCAGAUGCAUUGAAAGCGGGAGUUCCACCUGGAAAAGGCUUUUUUCUUCGCGAUUCUGUCAAAUAGGACAAACAUCUAAUGUGCUUAUUUAUUUCUGCUUAGAGUGUGAUGUGUUUUUACUUUAUCCUUAAGUUA